UAAUGACACCAAUAAGUUAUUGUGUAGUUUUAGGUUUAUAUAGCCCAGUCAUGGGACUUUAGUACAGAGGACCAGGAACAUACUUUCAAAAAAGCUGACGUUCAGACUGGAAAGUACUGCGGAAGUUUAUUCCGAAAGACGAAUAUUCAUUGAUGUGCGACAAAACAAUGUAUUAUCACGUUUUCUUUGUUGUCCUUCAGAGUUGUUUGGUAAUACGAGGAGAUGAAGCAUCAGAAGCAACUGUGGAUCCCAAAAUAAAAACUAUGCAGACUGCUUUUAGUAGUUUUGAAGUUAUCCCAACCACCACAUUAGAGUCCACUGUAAAUGGUAGCACUAACGUGACAACAAUUACCACACGUAUGAAUGGUGAUGGGGAAGAGGGACAGACUGAGAGCUCACCUUCUCUAGAUGACAUGACGUGUAAAGACAUUGUACGGAAAUGUGGCCCCAAACUCAUUAACAACAUUGCUAAUGAUGAGGGAGAAGACGAGGACCUGCUGACCUCUCCAGAUGAUAUCUGCAAACGUGCCUUCCAUUGCUUUCAAACAGUUUUCGAACGAAUGUCCCUGCGCAGACGGGCAGGAAGGCGCCAUCCGGGACAUGCAGGACAUGAAGACGAUGAACACACUGUUUUAAAUCAUCUUGGAGAGCUGAUCGGGACCUUUGGCACCGGCAUUGUGAUUGGGGUGUUCAUGGCUCUACUCAUUGUGAAUCUGAUGAAACGGCGUGGACACCAACCAUCGGAGACCCGCAGCAGAGAAGAUCGAUCUGAUUCCAAAGCCGGGUUUCCUGGCAUGCUCCGUGGUCCCAUGCCUCCACCAGCACUAUCCUCUGAGGGUAUUUACACAGAGGGGCCCAUCAUCAUGCCUCAUACGAAGUACGACAGGGCCUCAUCCAAAGGCUUGUAUGAGGAACUCGACGGGAACGAAUCUGGAAGUCCCAAAAAUGGGCAUCGUCCGUCCAGCAAAGAGAGUGGCCAGAGCGUUCAUAACGUGUACUUUGUUCUGGAAGUGGAUCCACAGAAAGGCGAAGAAGAGUCCGAAAAGGAGGAGGACGCUGACAACAUGCCCAACGAAGACAUGGAGAAUAAUUCGGAGACAGGAGUAUCAUCGGUAAAUCGCUUGAUACCACAACCUAAAGCGAGGAAGCCAAGGAAGCCACCAAGGAGGCCUAAGUCGGAUACGGAGGAAUCCAAACUGUGAAGAACAGUCGACUGAUGUCAUGUGUGCCUAAAAUUCUGAUUAAUAUCUUCUAGAUGCAGUAUGUUCGUUCGUUAGUAUUGCUGCAUGUUUAUUGCUAGGUAAUAAACAUCUGACAAAUCGCCCACCCAACAAUUAACAUGUAUAAGCUUGUAUAAUUGAGUGACAUCAUUUCAUCUUUUGCCUCAUAUAUACCGGUCUUAUUGCGUUAGCUGUGCUAUAGAUAUAUGUAAAAAGUCUGUUCAUUCAUUUUUUGGACUUGUGUAACAACAGCCUAUGCCCCACUUACCUUUAUAAUUAUGUCAGAUUGAUUCACAGUUCACAACUGAACCUGAUAUUUAAAUUAUAUCAGUUCAAAAGUGACUGAAGACAGUAUGUAUGUAAUUCAUGUUAAUGCCAGGUUGAAGCCAUUUUCAGCGGAUUUGUCAGUGUUUUAGCCAGUAAUACGUUUCACCACGGGAUUGAUCCUCAUUCAAUCCAGGGCAUACCCACUGAUGUAUCAGCGGAUUAUAGUGUUGAUAGACGAAUACAGAACCCAUAACACCCAAAUUUGAAUUUAAAAAAGUACAUUAAUUGAGUGAAAAAGAAAAAUCCAUAUAGUUUUCAUACUUAUGUUCAACUUGUUAUUUUUGAAUUUGUUCUCGGUCCACGAGAUAAUUUCCCAAAAUAUUAACAACGAGCUCGAACCCUGAGAUGGCACCUCAGUCGCCAAAGAUGUUUUCUUCGCCCCAAUUGUGUUCUUGUGACUAGUUUUAGAAACCUUAACACGGAUCCGGAAAAAAAUCUCAUUAUACUUAGUCAAAAAUGAAAAAAAAAAUUGCGGAAAACAAUGUAAUUACAUCGAUAGAACUUUCAUUUCAUCAGAUAUUGUCUAUUUGCAUACGUAAAUAUCACGGGAAAUGAUAUUUUUAUGGAUAAUGUAGACCUCACAUUGGCCCGGAUAUAUGAAAGGGAAAGAUGUUUUUAUCUACCGUUUCUUUCACAUAAAGCAUUAAAAUAUAUAAAUACUCGCAUGGCAGUAUAGAUUUACCACUGGGUUGGUAUUGUACGCGAAUCGCCCUAGACAGAAACUUCCCCUUAAGUACGUACUAGAAUGAGUUUUUCCAGAGAAAUUUCAAUAUUAUCAUGUGGCCUUCUAGACUGAAACGACUUCAUGGAGUAUUAGGACGUAUAAUUGGAAAGUUCCGUGUUUGUAGAUGUAUGAUAGAAGUCCUUGCCCGGUACAUUCCUGUGGUCAAAGUGUAUAAACUAAAAACAUCCCAUUUACUUGUAUGUAUAUAGUAUCUAAUAUGUGAUGGAGAAGCCUUUAACUCGGGCACACCGUUAGAAAUACACCUACAUGUAGGUAGCCUUCAUUAAUUCUAUACAGAUAUAGGGAAUGAAGUCACAACAAAAUAGUUUCUUUCAGAAUAUAAAUUCUGCUUGCUUCGGUGAGAUUUUAUUUUUCAUGCACAUUUGUAAUUUAAUUGUACCGGUAUAGAUAUAUGACCUGUUUUGGUGUAUAUGUGCUUUAUUCGCAAUUUCAUGCUAAAAGAUAUUGAAAUGGUUUGUUGUAUAGAUUUAGUUGUUUGAAAAGUCAGAUAACAAACUUUUGAUGGAAAAUAGAAUAAAGUAUGUGUAUAGCUAAUAAGGUUUCUCCAUGUAUUAUCUUUAAUUUCUAUUUGAAAGAAGACCUACAUACAUAGAUGUUCCCAUUUUGCAUUUGUUUUUUUUUUUGUUUUUUUUUCGUGCUCCUUACACUCUAUAGCCCCAAAUGAUAUAUACGAUUGUAUGCAUCUGUUUGUUUACACUUUGACAUCAAAAGCCACAUGUGUACCUGGAAAUUUUACAAAGGACUAAAGAAUGUUUAUAAUUGGCCAGGUACGGAAUUUUAUUAUUUGUAUAUGGAAAAGUCGGUCGACCGUGACUCGUGAAUUAUAAAGCCAAUACGUGGUGGUUUACUCUGCCGUAACGGUAUAUGCCUUUUAUGCUUGUAGCUUCACAUAUGCAAAUUGUAUAGGUACCACAUAUGUCUGCAUAUUUAUGAAAUGUUUCUUUACGCGUAGCGCAUUUUAUAAAAUAAAUUUAAAUAAAUCGCU